CCCGGCUCUCCUCCGCCCGGUCCCCUCCCGCCGCUGCCGUAAAGCGCAGCGCUGCCAGCCCAGGCGUUUGCGACAGCGCGGGGCGGGCUCCGGUACCGGUACCAUGUUCGGGGCGGCGGCGGCGGAGGAGGACGACGCCGAUUUCUUGUCCCCUGCCAGCGGUGCAAGGUUGGCCUCUCUCUUUGGUCUGGAUCAAACAGUCUCAAGCCAUGGAAAUGAAUUCUUCCAGUACACUGCACCCAAGCAGCCAAAGAAGGGUCAAGCAGCAGCUGCAGGUCCAGCAGCCCAGAAGGCUCCAGCAGCUUCAGGAGCAGCCUCAGUGUUGGUGGCCACUGCAGUCCAUGCCUAUCGAUACACAAAUGGGCAGUACUUGAAGCAAGGCAAGUAUGGAGCAGCUGUAGUGGGGAACCAUGCUACUAAAGAGUACAGGAUCCUCCUUUACAUCAGUCAGCAGCAACAGAUUGCAACUGCCAGGAUCCACCCAGGCUUUGUGCUCACGGUUCAGCCCAACAAUUACAGUACCUUCUAUGAUGAUCAGAGACAAAACUGGUCUAUCAUGUUUGAGUCAGAAAAGGCAGCAAUGGAUUUCAGUAAACAGGUUUGCAUUGCCAAAUGCAACAGCUCCCCAGUGCUUGAUUCUGUCCUCUGCCAGGAUCUCCUCCUGGGAGAAGGGCAGGGAGCAGAAGGAGGAGACUCUCUGGAGGUUGCCUACACAGGUUGGCUGUUCCAGAACAAUGGCCCUGGACAGGUGUUUGACUCUAAUGUCAACAAAGAGAAGCUGCUGCGGGUCAAGCUGGGAUCUGGGAAGGUCAUCAAGGGCUGGGAAGAAGGAAUGGUGGGGAUGAAGAAGGGUGGCCGAAGGUACCUGAUAAUUCCUCCAGCCUGGGGCUAUGGGGCUCAGGGAGCUGCUGGCCGGGUCCCUCCAGACUCUACUCUGGUUUUUGAGGUGGAAGUCAGGAGGGUGAAGCUGGUAAAAGAAAGCUCAGGUUCUGAUGGACAGAGUGUUAGUUCAAGGGAUUCUGCUGCCCCUUCUCCAGUCCCCAGUUCAGAUGGCUGUUCUGCAGACACUGGUUUAUUGCCUCCAACUACCAUCCCUCCAAAGCCUGGGGAGCCAGCUGUUCGGGCCAAGUCAAACUCCAUCAGUGAGCAGCUAGCAAACCCAGAUGUAGCAAAGGCAAAGCUGAUUUCUCGGAUGGCCAAGAUGGGCCAGCCCAUGCUGCCCUUCCUCGCCGGGACAGCCGGGGGGCAGCUUGACUCCAGUGACUCAGAAAUAGAGGAUCCAAAUACCCUGAGAGGGACAGCACAACCUGUGGUGCCAGCUUCCAUGAGACCUUCACAGCCAGCUCACGUGGUCCUGCCCACAGUGUCACCACAAGUACCUCAGGCAUCUGGUUCUACACCCCCAGUAUCUUCUGCUGCUUUAAUGCCUGCAACAGUCCAGCCCCCUUCAGCUCUGCCAGGAGGAGCACAAGGCUUUCAGGCAUACCCAGGAAUGGCAUUUGCUUACCCCCAAAGUGCUGCAGCAGCCUCUCAGCUCCAGCCUGUGGGACAGAUGUAUCCUGCACCUUACCAAGCUGGGGAUGUGACCUCCUUUUUGAUGACAGAAGCUCGGCAGCACAACACUGAAAUCCGAAUGGCUGUCACCAAAGUGAUGGACAAAAUGGAUCACCUGGCUGCCAAGGUAGAGGAGCUGAAGAAACAAAGUGUUGCUAACAACUCACUCCUGCCUGGUAUUUCCUCUGUCACUAUGGAAGCCUCCAUGAUCAUGAGCAAUAUCCAACGGAUAAUCCAGGAGAAUGAGAGACUGAAGCAGGAGAUAUUUGAGAAGAGCAGUCGGAUUGAGGAGCAGAAUGAGAAGAUCAGUGAGCUCAUUGAGAGGAAUCAGAGAUAUGUGGAGCAGAGUAACUUGCUGAUGGAGCAGAGGAACCAUUCCCUGCAAACAACAAAUGAGAACACACAGGCAAGAGUGUUGCAUGCAGAGCAGGAGAAGGCCAAAGUUGCAGAGGAGUUAGCAGGUGCCACAGCCCAGGUUUCCCAGCUGCAGCUGGAGCUGACUGCCCACCAGAAGAAGGAGAUGGAGCUGAGGAAACAGCUCUCAGCUGCCUUGCAGGAGGCAGAGCGACACGAGACACAGCUCAACAAGCUGCAGGCACAGUUAGCAGAGCUCCAAGAAGCCUCUGAGGACACUCAGACAAGAUUCAAAGCUGAGAAGCAGAGCCGCAAGCAGCUGGACAUGAAGAUCACAGCCCUGGAAGAAGAGUUGAUGGACCUGAAAGUGGAAAAGGAGAGUCUUGAAAGGAAUCUUGCAGAGAGAAAAAAGAAAGCCCUCUCAGAGAGAGCUCAGGCAGAGGAAGAGAUGGAAGAAAUACGUAGAUCAUAUCAGGAGGAACUGGACAAGCUCAGACAGCUGCUGAAAAAGGCACGGACAUCAACUGACCAGGCAGCAGCUGAGCAGCUGACACUCCUCCAGGCAGAGCUGGAAUCCCAGUGGGAAGCCAGAUGUCAACGUGCAGUGGCCUCAGCCAGGGAGCAGCACAUGAGACAGCACCAGGAGGUGUGUGAGCAGAGGGAUGCCCUGCAGCACCAGGUGUCCCAGCUGGAAGAGAAGCUUGCAGCUCUGAAACACUCAAAAAAAGCAGAGGAGCAAAAACUCCAAGAGUUCCAGCAACGUUUGGAGCAACUGGAGCCUAUCAAAGAGAAGUACACAGCUCUGCAGUCGGAUGUGCUGGUGCUGAAGUCUCGCUAUGAGGAACGCAUCAGAGAGCUGGAGAGAGAGCAGGAUGGGUCUUCACCUCCUGACUUCACAGAAGAAGUGAAGAAGAUAAUGAACAGUGUGUUCCAGUCUCUUCGGGGUGAAUUUGAGCUGGAGGAGAGCUACAGUGGCAGGACAGUGCUGGGGGUUGUCAUGAACACUAUUAAGACUGUAACACUGCAGCUGCUCAGCAGGCAGCAGGAGAAACCAGAUCAUGAGAGUAAAAAGGAGGAAUCUGAAACAGGAGCAGUGAAACAGGAGGAAUCACAGGGAGCAAAGGAGGAUCAUGAAGAUCCCACACAGCAGAGCCCAGCACAGGGGGCUGCAUUCCCAGCUGGUUCCAGGGAAGUGACCACAGGCUCAGCAGUAUCUGACCAGGAAGGGCAGUCUGCUCCUCUGGCUGCCAGGCCCAGAACUCCUGAGGCAGAGCAGGUGACACAGAGCAGUGGUGUGGCAGAGAAGGUCCAGGAGGAGCAGGAGUCUGGAACCAAAUCCCUCCUGGAUCCUGAUCAAGAGCCUGUGCUUGCAGGACAGCCUGUUCCCAAGAUGGAUGAGGACCUUGUCCCAGCUGAGCAAAAGCAGGAGAGCAGUCCCACCAGGAAAGCUGAGGCUGAGCUCAGUCCCUCCAGACUGCCUGUGCAGGCAGAAGAUGCAGAACCCUCUGUUAUGGAAGCCAAGGCAGGGGACAUGGAUGUCUCAGUGCUUCCAGAGAAGCCACCAGGUGUGGAGCAGGAGGCAGAGGAGCCUGUGGGAGGUUUAGAGCCCCCUCCCUUAAAUGGUGAGGGAGGGAACUGCACAGCGGGAGCUGCCUCCCAGGAGGAGAAUGCUUCAGGAUCCAGCACAGCCAUCCUUGGAGGGACCCCAGGACCCCAGGAACCGAGCUCCAGCCCCAGGCCAAAAGAUUUUGGCCUCUUUGAGGAUGACAACUUCUUUGAAACAGCAUCUCCUAAACCACUGAAGCCUCGAGUUCCUUCUGAAGAGGAGGAUGAGGAGGAAGUGAGCAUGAAGGGGCGUCCCCCCCCAGCUCCACUCUUUGGUGAUGAUGAUGAUGAUGAUCUGGACUGGCUGGGAUGAAGAGUUGCCUGCUGAGCCUGUGAGCCCUCUCCUCUGGGCAUGGCCCCUACCUGGGGACUCAGGAGCUGCCUGCACAGGACACUUGGCAACAACCAGGGACUUGCCAGGCUCUUGUCCAGCAGGGCCUGAGAGGAAGGGACUCUUCUUGCACUCGUGAGCCCUCAGGUGCAUUGCUCUGCCCUGACAAACGUGCACAGAGGUUGGGGACAAGCUGAAGGAACCAGCUGGUCUUACUGCACAUUUGUAUUGCUGUCCUCCUCCUGUCAGCUGUGGAUUCAUUAAUCUAAAACUUUAUGCAAAUAUGAACUCUGUUAAGUGCUUCAGAAGAACAAGUCUGGCAGGACCCUGCAGUAGGUAAUGACUUUUUUUUUAAAAAAACAAAACCAGACUAAAAUCUUUCUCCCUCCCCAGUGAAGGUUCCUGUUAGCUCCCAGGGGCCCUGCACCAGCUUGUCACUAGGUUAUUAGCCAUGUGCAGCAGGUGCUUGGGCCAAGAGCUGUUUCCUGUGAUCCAGGGGCUGGCACAGGCACCUAGGGGACACCCCAGGGCUGAGGAGGUUGGGUGGGUGUUGCCACUUGUUUGGAGCUGAGCAGGGACUGUGGUGGCACCUUCAGUGCUCCCAGCAUCAGUCAUUGCUGCUGGGAGAAGCCAAAUUCUCAGCUUAUGGAGGACCCUGAGGCUCACAGAGACCUCACAAAAAUGAUUCACUGUGCAGCCAGCUUAUCUCCUCCUUGGUCAUGUGCAGGGGUGAAAUUUGUGGGGUUUCUGCUGGGCUGUGUUUUGCUGGCAGUGAAAGCAGCCAUGCAGCUGUGCAGUGUGCUGCUGGCUCCAGAGGUGCUUGUGGAAAGCAGCCAAGCCCAGCCUGUGCCUUUUUCCCUGCUGCUGGUUAAAGUGUGAGGAUCACAGCACAACUUGGUGGUGGUGGGACAUGAGCUAUAACCCAGCAUCACCCAGCCAGAGGGGAACUUUUCAGUUUUGUGUGGACCAAGAGGGGAAGCUGUGCAGAUGGACAGCAUGCUGGGUCACUCCUGGCACUUCUGUACUCACUGGCACUGACACAAUGAAGUGGGAGCAGUUUUUAGUAUCUCAAACAAUCUCUCCUUCACUAAAUACAAUGGAAGUGCUUAAAAUAAUUCCCUAGUAGUUUCCAUAACUGCCUUUUAACAUCUCUGAGCUGAAUUUGAUCUGUGCCCUCUGAAAUCCAGUUUCUCUGGGGGGCAGCAGUGGGCAUUCCUGGAGCAGGGCAGUGUGACAGGUCCCUGCAAACUGCCAAAUGCAGCUAAAAUUGUGGGUGAGCCCAAAGCCUGUGACCUGGCUGUCCUGCAGGGGGAACUCAGUGGGGAUUUCCUGAGGAGCUGCUCCAGAAAUGAAAGCAGGGAAUGGUUUAUUUGGUGCUGCAUGGGCUGGUGUGUGAAACCCAGGGCUCCUCUGGGACCUCCCCUCCCCUGCGCUGCUCUGAGGGUGGGUGUCCUCUGGACCCCCCUCUGUGUCCUCCUAGAGAUCAUUGCUAUUACUAACAAAUUCCACUUCUUGUUUCCAGUUACAAGUAGGUAACCUGAGGGAUUUGCAUUUCACUUCUUGAAAAAUAAAGUGCAAUUAAACCUGU